UUUUAAUUUAGUCCCAAGAGUUGGUUUUUGAAACAAUCACAAAAACUUACUAAAUAUAAAAUGGCAUUAUAUAUGCCUCAUUAUAAAUUACCACCUAACACACCAAGAGACAUGACAAAGGUGGCACUGUUGGUCAUUCUCUCGGUGGUGUGCACUUUUUUCUCUGGUUUCCAAUCUGUUGCAAUUUGUUCUUGGCUCCAACCAUUUUUCCUCCUGCACUUCUUCCACAAAUCAGGCAUUUCACACAAUUUUUGCUCAUGGAGCUCUGCAGCACUCACAAUUCUCCUGGCGCUCAUCCUCCACACCACUGCCGCGAGCCUGGCAUUCUUGGCAUUCUUCCCAGGAAAGGUGAGCCCAGACAACUCCAAGGCCAGCAGCGUGCCAAUUGUGGGAAUAAUCUGGGCACUGGCACUGUGGAUGUUUCUUCUCCUCCCAUUUCUUGCAAGCAUCGGCUACAGAAAGCGUUUUGAUCGAGCAAGAACGUCCCAGCCGCUGGUAUUCGCGUCGAUCUGGACCACAGCGUGGUUGUUGUGGAAUCGAUUCGGCGGCGUCGGCUCCUUCCUCCAUCCCGCCGUUUCCCAGGUUACAAUCUUGCCGCUGGUGAUGAGCGCCGGUGUGUGGGGGAUCGAUGGAAUCGCAUUCCUCAUGGCGUGGUUCUCGGCGAUUCUCCACGACAGGGCCGUUCUCAACGAGAAUCUUUCCAAGAUGGAGAAAUCCGACAAGAAGCGUGCUAUGCAGCUGCAUCGCGGCCACUCCCUGGCGUUUGGAGCCAUUGCUUUCUCGAUCUUGUUCUACGGCAGCGCCAGGGUCUCCAUUUUCUCGGGGGAUUUCUUCCAGAAGGACAUCGCCCUCACGAUGAAGAAAACAGUGCCGGUCUCUUGCGUCCUGGGCAAGGUCCUCUUCUACGAGGACAUGGAUGUGAUGCUCAACAGGACGAGGCAGCGCCUCCGAGCCGGCGAUCGACUGGUGCUCUGGUCCGAGGCUGCGGUGAAACUCGACCUCAAACAGGAGAGGGAUUCUCUCCAAUUCAAAGCCGGACAGAUCGCUUCCCAGCACGGUGCCUACGUUGGCAUCACUUACGAGUACAAGGACGCGAGCGUCGGGAACUAUUUCGACCUCGUUCUUCCCGAUGGCUCCAUUGGAUUUAGCUACAGGAAAUCCCACUUGGUUCCAUUCAUGGAGUGGUAUGGAACUCCAGGGGAUCCCAUUCUUCCUGCCAUCAAGACCGAGCUCGGGCGGAUUGGAGGAGCUAUUUGUUACGAUUUCGAGUUUCCAGACCUGAUGCGGCAGGCCGGGAAAAAGAGGAUUGAUAUCAUGCUCCAACCAGCCGCGACUUGGGGAGCAAGCGGUCCCUGGGCGAAAGAGGCCGAUGCUUUCCGUGUUGUGGAGAAUGGCUUCAGUUGGUUUCGAUGCUCCACGGGAGGCGUUUCAGCGGUUGUAGAUCCAUAUCUCCAGACAUUCGAUUACAGGGAAGGUAUCUCCGACUCGGUCUUCGCCAUGGCACUCCCAGUACUCGGGAAGGCCUGGACGCUUUACCCAAGCUACGGCUUUCUUUUCGCUUGGCUAGUGGCAGCACUCGCUGCGGUACACGUCUCCAUGCUCUGCCUCCAUCUUGGAGCAGUGACAUACAUCCUUGACAAGUCCCCUCCCGCCUUUGUGUUCUACAUCACUGGUGACCGAUCCUUCAAGGAGUUUGAGAGGUCGGAGCUACGUUGCGUGCUGUUGCCAGAGGAAUCAAGCGUGCAUGUCUAAGAUUCCUGUGAAGCCCAAUCUGUAAGGAAGUGUAUACAAAACAUGGGUGAUAUGGACGUAGCACUUGCAUUGACUUAAUCGUCGUUUGGUGCAGCGAGACUAGGCCGGGUACCGAAGCACCGCAUGAUUUGGAGGAGUCCAAGGCGUUGGAUCGAGUCAGCUGGAGUAUCGAUUCCAAAGAAGGCAGCCCACGCUGCCAUGACGAGGGCAUCGCGUUCCAUCUCCAUCGCUCCGACGUGUGAGCAUCGUGGGGCAGAGGAAUAUUUGCUUUUGUUAGUACCUAUCAUGCAGCAAGUAUCGUCGUCAGGCAUUAAACAUUGAUCGUUUUCUAGUUUUCCAAGAGUUUUGAGAACAUUCGCAUAGAAUCAAACACAUUCCCUCAGGCGGAUCAUCAAACACAAUUUUCGCCUGGUGCACUUUCCACACACCUCAAUCGCUAGGUAUUGCAAGGUAUCUGUCUGAUUGAAGUUGCUCGCGAUCUCUCAGAGCCUCUGGUGAUUUGGUCCAGGAGGUCCACGCUCAGAUCCUGGGUGUUAUAUAGACAAAUGAUUUGUAUUUUUCCCAUUUUGUCAAUAUUUGAAUUUAUCAAGCAUGAAACGCAAUUGGUACUUCUAGUCUUAAAUUCUCGAGCAAUUUGACAACAUAAUCCAGGCAGCAGUUUAUUUUUUCCUUAGAUUCUAUCAAUGCCAAGUCCAUACAUUUGCCAGGAGAGGAUACAUAGCUCUGCUGCUCGCAAUUCCAGACACCCAUUUUGAUACGCAGGUUCCACACUCGAGGCUCCGACAUGCAGCUAAAAGGCACAGCCAAUCCAAAGAAGUGGGAACAAAUGGCAUGUUUCCGAUGAGUUCUCUUGCAUUGUCAAUGUAACCAGCUCUUGCCAAGCCAUCGAUUAUGCAGGAGUAAUGCUGGUGACAUGGCUGAAUGCCACAGUCAAAAGCCAUCGAAACAAAGCAACUUCUAGCACAUUUAACACUGCCAACUUGGCCGUGAGCAUUGAGAACGGAGACAAAUCCAACUUGGUUGUAAAUGCCGGCCAUCUGCAUAGUGUGAAACAACUCAAACACAGAAACCGAAUCCCCUGCUUGGGUGCAUGCACUGAGCAUUGCAUCCCAAGAAACUUCAUUCUUCCCUGGCAUCUGGGCAAAAGAUUUUCUUGCAAGUGAACUCUGGCCACUAAGGCCAUAGCCAGCAACCAUUAUAGUCCAAGAAAUUACGUCCUUCUCCACCAUUGCAUUGAACAUGACCCUUGCUUCUGCCAUAUACCCGUUUUGGGCAUAAGCAUCAAGCAUGGUGUUCCAGGAAACUAGCUGGUGGUAUGGCAUUUUAUCGAAAAAUCGUCGUGUCAAGUCCAUAUCUCUUGAUCCUGCGUAGACAUACAGCAGUGAACUCCACGAUACUAAACUCCAGCAUGGCAUUUUGUCAAAUAUACACUUUGCCUGCUCAACUUUGCCAGCGUGGGCAUAUCCGGCUAGCAUGGCGUUGCAUGCGACUGGAUUCUUGAAUGGCAUUUUUUGAAAGAUGUCCUCGGCCAUGAAGAUGCUGCCAGCGCGCACACAUGCUGCCAGCAUCGCGGUCCAUGUUACCAAGUUCCAGCAUGGCAUUCUAUCAAAUAGUGAUUUAGCUUCCAAGAGAUACCCUGAUUGGGCAUAUGCAGAAAUCAUUGACGUACACGAAACUAGAUUAAAUUCUGGAAUGGCUUCGAAUAUGUUCUUUGUUUCUUGUAAACUAGAAUUUGCGGCAGAGAGGUUUAACAUCACAGUCCAGGAAAUGAGACUUCUCUGAGGCAUAGAAUAAAACACACGCCUUGCCUCCUGCGGAUACCCGCUUUGGGAAUAUGCAUUCAGCAUACAGUUCCAAGCAGCUAGAUCUCUUUCUGGCAUUUUCUCAAAGAUGUUCUUAGCUUCUUCCAAA